AUGGACCUGCACCGGCCGCCUUUCAAGAUGGAUAGCCCCUCAUACCUCCCCAACCCCCUGGCCUCCCCCGCCCUCAUGGUCCUGGCCUCCACAGCCGAGGCCGGCCGAGACGCGGCCUCCAUCCCCUGCCAGCCUCCGCGGCCCUUCGGAGUGCCCAUGUCCAUGGAGAAGGACGCCCACCUGCCCUUCAGCGGCGGGGCCUACACCUUCACCUCCAUGUACCACCGACAGGGGGCCUUGCCCGGGGGCUUCCCCGGCAGAGACUUCCCGGCGUCCCUGCUGCACCUCCACCACCAGUUCGCCCCUCCGAACCUGGACUGCUCUCCCCUGGGCAUCCUCAACCACAGCGGUGUGGGGGCCUUCCGCCCUUUCUCGUCCCCGCCGGAGGAUCGCGACGGUGGUGGUGGUGGUGCUGGAGGGGUGUACCACUCUGCCUUCACCCCGGCCAAGCGCCUCAAAGCCUGCCUGGAGCCCUCCGCCUCACCCCACCUGCGCUACUCUGAUGCCGAGGGGAAGGAGUACGACUUUGGCCCAGGUGCCCACGUCACCUCGGUGUCCCCGGGCUCCAGGCAGCCUGGUGAGGACGCUGGGAAGAAGAUGUACUCCGUGUCUGGACUCCUGUCGGACGGGGAAGCUUCCUCCAGCCCAGAGGACCACAAGGACCUGAGUAAGGUGAAGGCGUUGGUGCGGUGUGGUGAUGGCCAGGUGCCCGUGUGCCCCAUCUGCCAGAUGCUGCUGCGGCCAGGAGAGCUGCAGAGCCACAUGGAGCAGGAGAUGGAACGCCUCGCACAGCUGCACAUUAGUCCAGAGUCCGUCUGGUUCAGUGGUGUCCGACUCAGAGCAGGCAAACCCAGAAAACAGUGCCAAAAUCAUAAACAGCAUAAUAGGGAGAUGAGAUCUUUGCUGAUAGCGAUGCACAUUAAGCGUGAGGGAGGUCCACCUAUCCCCUUACAGCCCACAGAUGACUCUCUACUUUCUGACAGAUAUCAGACAUUCUUACGAGUAAGAGCAAAUAGACAGACAAGGUUAAAUGUUGAUGACCUCUGCUGGUGCAGGUGCUACGCCAAAGAGGGUGCUAAAGUGGCCCCUCGGCCGCGCGACGGGGGCCACCCACCCCCACCCCUCCCUCUCCCCCUCCCCCGCUGCUGCACUCCAGCUGGUAAGGCCCUCGCCCUCUAUGUCCCCCGAUCGUGUCUCGUGUCCCCCUCUCGUGUCUUCAUGCGUCUGGAGAUAAAAAGGGCGCCACAGAUCCCUGUCCUGUCGUGUCAAAUUGUGGAGCGAAAUAUAUUGCGGAUCGGGAAAUUCGGAAAGAGGAAAUCUGAGGAAAACCAGAGGGACGGUGUGUGUGUGGGAGAGGAGAUGGCGGUGGACAUCAGCAGGGAGGACUUGAUGUGGAGUGAGAAGAAGAGGCUGCACAUGGCCUCCUUCCUCAGGGGAAUUAAAGGUGUUGGGUUUGUGAGCAGCACAUUUAAGGAAAACCACGACAGCGAUGUUGACCUGGAUGUAGACGGAGAUGACACUCUGGAAUACGGCAAAGCACAAUACACUGAGGUGGACGUCAUCCCGUGUUCAGGAGAGGACGGGCAAGCUCCCUCCACAAGCAAUGGAGAGAACAGCAAAAUGGACAGCGGCAGCACAAGCCUCCUGCAGGGGACCUGCAAAAACACCAGCAUGGAUAUUCUUUCUAAGGACUCUAAUCUGACCACUCUGGAGGCCCUGAAGUGUCGGAUAAGAGAUCUGGAGAAGCAGCUGUCACGGGGAGACAGAUACAAGUGUCUUAUUUGCAUGGACUGCUACACAAUACCACUCACCUCCAUCCAGUGCUGGCACGUCCACUGUGAAGAGUGCUGGCUGAGGACUCUGGGGGCUAAGAAGCUUUGUCCGCAGUGCAACACUAUCACGUCACCGGGGGACCUGAGACGGGUCUACUUGUGA